AAUAUUUGAAGAAAGUAUUGCAAGAAGCAAAAGACGAUAUCACCAAGUACCGGCAACAAAUUUAUACCCGAAGAAAAUUAACAACAAAAUUAAAAGAAUUAGAACAUCAAUUACCAUUAGGAAUACCAAUAGGAAUA